GGGUUGAGAUGCUCUUCAUUGCUAGACGGCUCUGUAGCUCCCCAAGUCGCCUGGCAGCUUUCAACAUUCACACGCGCCAGCUGACGAGGUCGUCUUUCUCCCUUUUGUUUUCGUGUUCAGGACGCAACAUGACUUCGACGAAGGCAAGCAACCUUCACGCUCACAAUAUGUACGAGAACGUGAACGCAACCCCGGAAAACCCCCGCAUAGUUUACCCUUACGCCGAACGAAACAAGGACCCUAUUCUAGAGACGAUAUCUCCGUACCUUCAGCGGGCCACGCGAGUCCUAGAGCUCGCAUCGGGAUCAGGACAACACGUCGUUCAUUGGGCACAAGCCUACCCUUCUGUCCAUUUUCAACCCUCCGAGAUCGACGAUCCUUCUCUUUUGGCAUCGAUAAGGAGCUACGUUAAGGAUUUUGCGAACGUUGCUCCGCCACUUUUAUUGAACGCGAUGCAAGAUGAACACUGGUCCCAAGCACGCUCUCUCGUAGCCCAAGAAGGGGCUUUCGAUAUGGUGUACAUGGGCAACGUGCUCCACAUUGCUCCGUGGGAUGUUACCUUGGCAGUGGCAAAAAACAUACCAACCUUGCUGCCAAACGAGCAGGGUCUGUUCAUAAUAUACGGCCCGUUCAAACGCGAUGGCAAGUUCACGACUCCAAGCAAUGAAGAGUUCGACCAAAAGUUGCGCCUCAGAAAUGCUGACUGGGGACUUCGCGACAUCGCCGACGUCGCCGACCAGUUUGCAAAGUUUGGGUUGUCAUUGCAGGAAAUCAAAGAUAUGCCUGCUAACAACUUUAUUCUUGUUUUCCGCAAGAUGGAGAAUUAGGAUUAGACAGUUUGACUUUACGGAUGUUUCUUAUAUUACAUUACCCAGUCCGCUGAGGGCAAUCUUAUCACAUUAUCACAGGUCGUGCUAUUAGUUAGUCUAGGAUAGCCUGUAGCGUUAUGACACCAGCACGUACUACAGCUAGUAAUCCUAAACGAAGUAAUCUACCAAACCC